AUGUCAAGCAACCCAACAGAUAGACAGGAUCAGAGGAAGAGCCAGUUCAAAAAGAUUAUCGAUGCCGAUGAUGCUCGUCGAAAGAGAGAGGAACUCUCACUCUCAAUCAGAAAGAGCAAGCGUGAGGAGUCUCUAUCAAAGAAGAGGAAUAUAAAGACUGAUCUCUCCAUACAUCAAAGGUUGGAGAACCUACCAGAGAUGAUCAAGGGACUGCAGUCGAAUCAAUAUGAAUCAGUACUCCAAGCAACCAUUGCAUUUAGAAAGCUAUUGUCGAUUGAGAGAUCACCUCCCAUUCAAGAGGUUAUCGAUACAGGCGUAGUACCAUUGUUUGUUCAAUUCCUUACACGUACCGACUUCCCUCAGUUACAGUUUGAAGCUGCAUGGGCACUCACAAACAUUGCCUCUGGCAAUGCCUAUCAGACAAAGGUGGUCAUUGAUCAUGGCGCCGUCAACUUGUUUGUUCAAUUGUUGAACUCACCAAACGAUGACGUUAGAGAGCAGGCUGUUUGGGCACUGGGUAACAUUGCAGGUGACUCUCGCGAUUGCCGUGAUCUGGUGCUCCAGUACGGCGCCAUGCCACCACUGCUCCAGCAGCUGGCUGGCCAGCCCAAGCUCAGCAUGGUCAGGAACGCCAUAUGGACGCUGUCCAACUUCUGUCGCGGUAAGCCCGCCCCCAACUUUGAUAUUGUGCGCAUUGCCUUGCCCGACCUGGCCCGUCUGAUUUACUACACCGACGAGGAAGUCCUGGUCGACGCCUGCUGGGCACUGAGUUAUCUGUCCGAUGGUAUCAACGAAAAGAUCCAAGCCGUCCUUGAUGCCGGUGUUGGCAGCCGCAUGGUCGAGCUGCUGGACCACCCAUCGUCAGCCGUCCAGACACCAGCCCUGCGCACCAUUGGUAACAUCGUCACGGGAGACGACAAACAGACUCAGAUCGUCAUCAAUGUCAACGCACUGCCCUUCCUGCAACGUCUGCUGCAGAGCAACAAGCGCGCCAUCAAGAAGGAGACCUGCUGGACCAUCUCCAACAUCACAGCUGGCAGCCAGCACCAGAUCCAGGAGGUGAUCGACGCCAAUAUCAUCCCAUCUCUGAUCACACUGCUAAGCAACGCCGAGUUUGAGAUCAAGAAGGAGGCCGCCUGGGCCAUCUCCAACGCCACGAGCGGCGGAUCGCCGGAGCAGAUUGGAUACAUGGUGCAGCAGGGAUGCAUCAAGCCACUGUGCGACCUCCUGUCGUGCACAGAGGCCCGCAUCAUCAACGUGGCGCUUGAGGGUCUGGAGAACAUCCUCAUCAGCGGCAGACGUGGCGAGGGCCAGUCCAACACGUACGCCAGCAUCAUCGAGGAGGCUGGCGGCUUCAUGAAGAUCGUCGAGCUGCAGAACCACAAGAACCAGGACACCUACGAGCGUGCUCUGCGCAUCUGUCAUCAGUUCUACGACGAGGAUGGAGAGCUCAACGAGUUGAUGCCAGCCGAGACCAACGCCGCAGGUACCUCGUUCACCUUCCAGCCCGUGGACAACAACUCCAACUUCAAUAUUUAA